AUGUCUAAGGGCACAGAAGAAUUGGUGUCAAAUUUCAACAAAUCCGAUGUGCUUGAAUACUUGACUAAUUUGGAUUUCACACUUUCCGGCUACACGGAUGUGGGUGACAUCGACUAUGCGUCUGUCUAUGGAGAGUUGAUUAGUCUUGUUCAAGUGUUCUGUGACCCCAAAUUGGCCAGCGAGGAUGGAAAAGUUGAUUCCAAGGGUCUUUCAGCAGCAUCUAUAUUGCUUUUGCCGAAGAAAUCGCAUACCCUCUUUGCUUUGCUCUCAAGAAACCUCAUCAAUGUGCUAGCUAAACUUCCCAAUAAGGUUUACGACACUGCCAACAAUCUUUUGCCUUUCUUGGUAGUAGAUGAGAACGGGUGCUUGUAUGUCAGCGGACAGUUGGCAUCAGUUUUGCUCAUUGACGUUUUGGAACACUAUCCAUCACAACUUCCAGCAUUGAUAAACUUCGCCGCAACAAGUUUGUACAAGAUCCUUAAAAAAUCUCCACUUGUCGAUGGCAACAUCGCGUACUUGUUGAGCCGUAUACUUGCAGUGGCUCAGAAGUCUGAUAUUGACGAAAAAUUCCAAGCGAAAUGGAUCAAGCUAUUGCUGAAAGCCAUACUGUCGUAUCCAAUUCUGAAUGGAGGCUCAGAAGACCAAACAGCCACAGAAACGUCCACUGUGGAGCUUACAAAAUACUACAUCCAGGCCAUGAAGAACUUAUUGGUGCUUCUGGUUUCGUCCAACUAUCAACAACUUCUAGAAAUCUCCACGUCUUCUACAUCUGGCUCCAAAUUAAAGCCUGAGGCGCUCAUGACUCAGCAGGGCUUGUUCCAAACGACUCUUUUGACUACACAUGACAAACUUUUCCAUCUUUGCUUACUGUCCCAGUUUAGGGAGAUCAGAUCAUCUAUGGUAGACUUGAUUUCAACAUUGCUACUCAAUUUCGUCGACACAGGCAAGUUCAAUGCUUACGAAUACUUGCUCGACUUGUACACUAUGCCUAACCUCAAUUAUUGGGAUGAGAGCUUACAGAUUAGCUUGGCUGAGGUCGAAACAGCCCUGGAAACAAGGAAAGACACCAACUUGGUGACUACACACGAUAGUGAUUCAAUUAUCCUAGCCAAUUCGAAUAUCUUACUAACACAAAUUGGUGUUGUGGAGACAUUUAUUAUGUUCACUCAGCUUCAACUGUUCCAGAAUUGGGAAUUCUACCCCACUCAUAUAUGUUCCAUCCUUGACAGUAUCCUAUUGAGAUUUGGGGCUCUCAACAAUCCAGCACAUGUUCAAAACCAACAGUGGGUUCGUACUUUGUCACAAUGGAGAUCCGUGGUUGAGUUUCUAUUGAGGGAGAGUGGUUCUGCUACUCAUGAGAUUUUGGCUACUUACGUUGCACAAAAAUUCUCAAGUUCGCGUGAUUCAGAAUCUUUGACAAGGGAUAAUUCUCCCGUUCCUGGCCAGUUGACAAAGGAAAAGAGACGUGAGUCGGGCUUGUUCAGUUUCAAAUCGUCAAAAAAGUCCAGGAGCAAAGGUCCGGUUAAGGAAAUCCAUCCAUAUAGCAAUGGGUAUCAGUUGAACUUACUUUGUUGUAUAAUUGAGUGCCUUCUUCCUUAUGGAGUGGACUUUGCUUUUUCAGGCAAGGCAGAGGGCAUCUUUUCUGAAGAUGAGAAUCAGGACAAUGAUCAAUCUAUGGCAGAAGAGGAAGAUAAACUCACUUCCAAGAAAAGCAGCUAUGUUAGUGCAUUGCUCUUAAUUCUACUUGCCAACGACUCCACUUACGUCCGAAAUUAUGCAUUGACCACUCUUAUUAAGUAUGUACAGAUUAAUAAGGUGGAGAGUAAUCAGUUGAUUCUCAAUGUGUUCCAGUUGGUAAACAAUGAGUACGAGGCCUUCAACUCAGCGCUGACGGAAUCUCCCGUCAACUCUCGCGAUAGAAACAUUUCUGCGUCGGUAACAGUGAGACUUUUCAGUUAUUCCUUAGCUUUGGCAUCCCUUAUUAAACAGGCCGAUGCCACGGUUCUUCAAAACUCCACUAUCGCCAAGAUUUUGAGUUUCUGUACGCAGAAUUUGAAGCAAUACAGUAAUCUGAACAAGAAGUAUCUCAAAAGUGCAGCUUGUUGGGUAAUUUUGUCUGCCUUAGUGAAGUUUUAUUCAGAUUCAGAGUUUGUGAAGUUGAACUCGUCGCAAUUUUUGGUUUUCUGGAAAAACCUUCUUACUUCACAGUUCAUCAGUUCAGAUCUCAAUGCCAGUUCUGAGCAAGGACAGUUAGUGGAAAUUGUGAAUAACCUCAAGUUGAGAAGUUUGAGUCUCAUUUGUUUGAUUAACUACAUUUGCUCGAUUCCUUUGACCCCAGAUUUGUCAAAGCAGCUUCAAUUUCUUCUUGUUAAGUCCCAUAAGUACAUUAUCUACUUGGAAAGCAACUUGGAAGCAAUUGGCUCAAUCACAGGAUUUCAUCCUCAGGCAUUCAAUGAAUCUGAUUAUAAUCCUAACUUGGUAAACAAUUUGCUUUUCUCUAAUUUCAAUGAUUCCAAGGCAUUGAGCAUUGAUAAGCAAUUGAUAAGUUUGAUACUCUACAAUAAGAAAAUUGUUUUGAAUGGUUUCAUCAAGCUUUCGAGCAGCUUGAAGUCGGAUGUUAAUUCCAGUCUCGUGGUUUUCUUAAUGAAAGUGUUCGCCGACUCAAGAGCUUUCUCCAGGCUGACUGGGGCCGAAAUCAAGGAAAAAUCAAAAUCAAGCAAGUCCAAGACAACUUCGCUAGCAGCACAUGAGGAGACUAAUUUGAUUAUUCUAGAUGAAGAGUAUAACUAUAACUUCGGUGUUACUAGCAAGUUCACAUCUUUAUCCAACAAUAUUGAUGAGUUGAACAAGUCUGAUGAUCCUCCUCACCAGCCCGACCACUUUCUUCACUACAAAGAUCCAUUUGGCUACAGAAAACCUGGCUAUUCCAAGCUGUCGAUAGAAAGCUCUUUGGAGGACCCUGCCCAUACUUGGCUUGACUACUUUGAAUCUAUGAUCGGUCUGCCUUCGAGUCAUAGUGUCAAUUAUGAUCCGUGCAUCUUCAUUUUGCAAGAGUACUCAUUCCGCCAUCAGUUUUCCACUAAUUUGAUCACCUCGCUAAUUGAUUUGUCGAUUGAAUUAUUCCAGUUAGUAUUCCCUAGCUUGAGUUUUAAAAUUCAAUUUUCCUUGCUAGAACAGCUCAGGUCUUCACUCUCAGCAAAGAAUCUCGAUCCUCUCAGAAAGCGCGCAUUGGCUGUGAAUGUGAGCGUUGCUCUCCAUGGACUAUUGAAUAAUUUGGCUAAGAGGAGUCGAUUUUUGAGUGAAGAGUUGGUUGCUCUAAUUCUUGAAAUAGUCGGUCUUAUUGAGGUUCGCAACGUUGCUCUUGUCACUAUUUGUGCGGACUCGAAUGGCUUGGCCACAUCGUUGUUACCAAAACAAAAAGUUGAAGAGACGAUCGCUAAAUUCAUCAACGAUAUUGUGAGUAAUACGAAUCCCCAUACUAGAGGUAAACUCUUGCUUUCGCUUUCCAAGAUCAAUCAAUAUUGUCAUGUUGGGUUCUCUGAGAUAGUCGACGUUGUAUUCCAAUUACUUGCGGAUCCUCAUCCUGUUGUAUCAUACUAUUCCAUUACAGCAGCUGGCAGCAUCGCGGAAAAUGCCUUAGGUAAUCAAGCUUUGAUGCAAAAAUUGAUCGAUGUGGUGCACAUCAAGCUCUUGAACGAUGAUUUCAGUUUAGCGUUGUCGAACAAGUCCUCGAUCAACAUGAGAUCGACUUUUAAUUCAAUGGCUGCGUUGUCACGUUUAUUGAAAGUUGUUGUAACUUCAUUGGGUCCUUCUUUACGAGAUUUGGACGAUGCAUUUAAAAGUAAGAUUGUGCAGCUUUUACUUACCAUGUCAUAUGGUAUCGGAAGCUCGAAUCUGACGGAAUACAACGCUGUUUUGAUCAGCUUGAUGACAUCCUUUCAAGAGUUGCUUAUAUUUGAUUCCAGUUUCGUUAGCUCCAUCUGGUUCAGCAGGAUGUGCAAGUUCUUGGUUACAACUAAUCUCAAAACAGGCUUGGCUAUCAUCUCGCCAACAUCUGUCAAUUCAGAAGCAAUUUUCCCAGUAACUACCAGCUAUGAGUUAUAUGAGCUUGCGUACUCUGGUUUAGUUGAAAUGACAAAGAUUGGAUUGCCAACCUUGAAUAAAGACACACUUAGUCUCGCUUGGGUAUCAAUGGAAUUGCGUCCAUGCCAUUCGCUUAAUGAGUUGAUCUCCUUCUGGAUAGAAUCUAAUAUUGAGGCUCUGUGGUUUUCACAAUUGACUGCAUUGUUCAAGAUAUCGGUGAGAAGAUUGAUUGGGCCAUUCAUCGAGACUCACUUCCAGCAGAAGUUGCUUCCUCUCCUGCAACGUCAUAAGAAGAAGAUCAAUAACACUAUUGAUUUUCAAGACGAAGAAGUUCAGAAUAUUGUCAAAGAUGAUGAGAGUAGUCAGGACAAGAACGAGCCCAUUUCUUGGGAGUUUAAGCUCUUUGUCUACGAUUUAAUUAUCAAGCUUUUGGAAAUGGCUGAGAAAAGACCACUGUUGGUCGAGUCUCUCACACCAAAGAUCCAAGAGAUCGUAAGAAUGUCUUUCUUGGGAACAGCUGCACCUAUCUCGGCUAUCAAACUGAGAGGUGUUGACUUGCUUGAUAAAGCAUUGAGUAUCUUCGGUCACCUUGAAGACCCUCUUUAUCCUGGCGUUUCAAUCUUGGAGCAGCAACAGGCACAAAUCAUUAGUGCGUUGAUCCCAUGUUUCGGAUCGGAUAGCGGUCCAUACGUUAUUGUUAAGGCCAUCAAUGUGUCUUCAAAGUUCAUUAAUCUUCCACGGAUUAAGUUUUAUUCUAAACAGAGAAUUCUCAAGACUCUAAUCUACUUAUUGGAGGAGAUUUCGUCCAAUAAGUUCCUCAAAUUCGUCUUCUUGGAGUCCAUGGCCGAAUAUGGACGUAAAGCUAUCCAGUUAUCCAUUUUGAACUGUUGGGCUAACUUGAAGAUUAAUUUGGAGGAGCAGGAGGAGAACGAGCCUGAGUUUGAAGAGAUCUUAAAUAAGUACGCUGACUUGUUGACAUCAUUGUGGAUCUUACUGCUUAAGGAUUUCUCAACAACCAAGUAUAACCAGCCGGAUUCCAAGGAAUUACAACUUUACUCUACAUACUGGCUUAACUUCGUGGGCGUUCUCAGCUUGGAAUUAGAGAAGGACCAUUCGCUGAUCAACAAGUUCUUGGAGGAGGAAGAGUCAAGCUUCUUCUUUGUCAUGUUCUGUCAAUGUGCCGAGGCAUUGAUCAAAAACCAAAAUGUUUCGCAAGUGUUGUAUUCCGUCAAUCGUUUGGUCCAGAUUCCUGAGCUCGUUAGGACACUUUUCUCCGAUGAGCUAUUCGGAGAAGUCAUUGACCUUGUAGAUAGAUUGGUUCUCAUGGAAGACGAUACUGAGAUUAAGUGUGAGGUCAUUGACACAGUCAGUACGAUGUUCCGCUCCUACUCCACCUCCGUUCAAGAUUUCAGAUUCGAAAAGAAGCUGUUUGAGUUAUUGAGAGUCACUUUGUUGCCAUUAUUCGAUAUCUUCCCCUUCUUGCGGCUGGAUUAUAGUCCAGACAAUGCGGGCCACAAGCUUCUUUUGAAGCACUGCAACAGUGCAACCAACUUGCUUGUAUUAAAAAAGCUGUUGUCUGCUGUGGUGAACAUGAUCCAACAAUUUGACGACGAAGCGAGAUACGACUUGUCGUCGUGCAUUUUGUACAUCUUUGCCAAAAUCUAUGAGUAUGAUGACGACAUUUUGAUCAGUUUGGUAUUGCCAUUCUUGAAGUCUGUUGUCUCAGAAGCAUCUUCCAAGUUGGCGACUCCCUUCUUGGAUAUUUUGAGACAAACGGACACUUUCAGCGCAGCCUCUCACAAAAUCAACUACAUCUUAACUAUGACGGUUCUUGUCACUGGGGGAGGUGUUCAGUUGAACAGUGAAGAAGUAGAUCGGUUGGCUAGUGUUCUUGUUGAAUGUCUCGAUGACCGGGAAUCGGCCUCAACAGCAGUGCAUGCCAUCAAGUCAUUGAUCAAGCACUCAUCUUCGCCCUCGAGUGGUCAUAUCAUGAGAAAAGUGUUGAAGUUGCUUUUGGUGGCCCUAGCACUGGACCACACAGGAGUCGAUGCCAAGAUCGCAUUCGAGAUCAUCAUUUUGUUCACCCAGUCAUCUGCGUUGGACAACGAGUCGAAAGUGACCGCCAUGUACGCUAUUGUUGUACCAUUACUUGUUGAAUUCGAGCAAAGAGAUAUCUUACCCCUUGAGUAUCUCAAUGCCAAGAUUUUAGCCCUUGUGAACUACAACCCCAACGCGUUCAAGUUGGUUGUGAAUGAACAUCUUGAUGCGGAUCAGAAGAGUGCGGCUGAAAGGUUGGUCAAACUCAAUCAGAAAGACCUGACUACAUUUGAGGGAAGCGAUUCAGAAAUCGAACUCAAAAACUUUGCAAUAUAA